AUCUAAGCAAUGCCCAUGAGAAUGUUUAUUUCAAUGGCUUUUUUUCUCAGCCUCCAGGCAGUUGUACACAUUAAACCAGCUAAAGCCAAGCUGCCCUGUACAAUAACAUCUGACAGGCAUUCAGCAGACUGUAAAGGUCUACGGCUGGACCAUGUGCCUAUAACAUAUCUGCCUGCCUCUCUGGAAGAGCUCGACCUGUCUUUCAAUACCAUACAGGUCAUCCGCAAACAAGAUUUUUUCAAACUUAGUCAUUUGCGAGUCCUCAAGCUUAAUUUCAACAACAUCUCUCUGAUUGUGGAUGAUGCCUUUCAGGGAAACGUUUUUUUGGAGAAUCUAAACUUAUUUAAUAACUCUCUGACAGAAAUUCCAUUUAAAGCUCUUGAGCCACUCAAAUAUUUGAAGGUUUUAGAAAUGUCCAAUAAUUUGUACACUCAAGCAUCACUGGAUGCUUCUUUUUUGAAGUUUACCCAGUUAAAAGUGCUGUCCAUUGGUGGACCCCUGGUCAGUAGUUUGGGAAGCCGUGACAUUUCUGUGUUGAAGAACAUCUCAUUGGACAAGUUUGCUAUUAAAACUGGCACUGGUUUUAAAAGUUAUGAACCUGGGUAUUUUAGCUACCUUAACACAAAAAACUUGUGGCUCGAUAUAGCAUUUGACAAAAAACCAGAUAUACUUCCUAUGAUAUUGAAAGAUCUGGCAAAUAAGACUUUUGAUAUGCUACGUUUCCGAAACCUUUUUGAAUUUCAGUACUAUACUGGUAAACAGGAUAUUUUUUAUGGCCUGCAGUAUGUAAAGACUCAACUCCUAACCUUCUAUCGAGGUAAAUUCAGUGAGCAAGUUAUGAGAAUGGCUCUGGUAAAUGUGGAAAUCAGUUCGAUCGAAGCCCUGGAACUGCUGUUCAUCGACUUUGCUCGUUCACAGAAUAGAACACAGGGAUCCAGUGUGACGAACUUGACCUUGGAAAAGCUGGUGCUCUCGGACAUCAGUAAUCCAGAUAUAAUGCGCUUCGACUGGAGCUUUACCUGGCUCAAUCAUGUCCGCCAAUUCAUUGUAUGGAAUGUGAACUUCAACAGCGUGCCGUGCGAUUCGUGGCAAGAGAUGAAAAGUGUUGAACUUCUGGACAUCUCUAACAACCAUCUUAGGGACAGUUAUAUUUAUAACCCGCUAUGUGACACUACAAACAUACUGCACAAGCUUGAAACCUUUAACGUUAGCCGUAAUCGACUUACCAGCCUCAGUGACUUGGCAUCUCUGACCAAAGACUUUGUCAAGCUGACUACAAUCGAUAUGAGCCACAACCAGCUGCAAUAUAUGGGAAAUCAUGUCUGUUACUGGAGACAGACCAUUACCAAAGUAAUCGCUCAUCAUAAUAGUCUGACGAGCAACAGUUUUAAGUGCCUUCCCACUUCUGUAAGCUUCCUUGAUCUUUCAUACAGCAGCCUAGACCAGCUUGACAUGGACUAUUUUAUUAAGGCAUCCAAUCUGACCGAGCUCCUCCUCAGCGGCAACAAGAUCAAGUUCAUUCCUUCCGGCUGGAGGAAUCCAUACUUGAGGACGCUCGCUUUAGAUGGAAACUCCUUUGGACUUGUUAGCAUGACUUCUUUUAAAGACAUGCCUAGCCUACGUGUCCUGACUGCAGGCAACAACCCAUACCACUGUGUCUGUGAUCUCUAUACCUUCAUACAGGAAACCACAAACAAGGGCAUGGUGAGCAUCACAGACUGGCCAAACAACUACAAGUGUUACCAUCCCGAGCACCUUCUCAACACAAUGGUAUCACAAUACUUCCCUGGUCAUUUAGCCUGUAAUAUUACACUCGUUAUCAUCAUCUCUGUGUCAACAACAGUGGUUGUUGUCCUAGGUCUUAUGCUUCUGUGCUACAUCUUUCACGUGCCAUGGUACAUAAAAACCACAUACCAAAUCAUCAGAGCCAAGUACAGGGCCCAUAAAGAAGGUUCAGGUCAGGCUGUGGACUACACCUUUCAUGCUUUCAUCUCUUACAGCCACGCGGAUGCAGACUGGGUACGAAACCAGCUGCUCCCUUGUUUAGAGAAUUCUAAGCCUCCUUACCGCCUCUGCAUCCAUGAAAGAGACUUCACUCCAGGGAAGUGGAUCAUUGACAAUAUCAUUGAGAACAUUGAAGAUAGUCACAAGGUAAUCUUCGUGUUGUCACGGAACUUUGUGAACAGUGAGUGGUGCAACUACGAGCUCUACUUCGCCCAACAACGGGCCAUUGGCAAGACAUUCAGUGAUGUCAUCCUGAUUCUGAAGGAGCCCAUAGAUCCCACAUCUCUUCCAAGUAAAUACUGCAAGCUCAAAAAGAUGCUCAAUACCAAAACCUACCUAGAGUGGCCCCAGCAGCCCACAGAACAGAGCUUUUUCUGGGUCCAGCUGAGGAGUGUUCUGGGCAAACCAAACGUAACAAGACCGAGUACUACCAGCUGUCAUAGCCGCCUGUCUUCAGUGAGGUCUGUCUCCCUGAUUGAGCUGCCACAGGACCAGAGAUCUGCAGAUACUAAAGGUACAGAUGAAGAUGGCCACCAAAUCAAUGAUCAGCCUUCUAACAGAUGCCAACCAACUUUAAGAGAACUUAAUACAUCUUCUAAAGAGGAAAGCAACAACAUGGUUUCAAAACUGGAAGACGCGAUGGAAGGCCUGAUUAAAGUGUUCCACACAUACUCUUCCAAAGAAGGAGACAAGUACAAGCUAAGCAAAGCCGAGCUCAAGAGCUUGCUUCAGGGAGAACUCGGUGACUUUUUAGCUGCGAGUAAAGACCCUAUGGUUGUGGAGAAGAUCAUGUCUGAUUUGGAUGAAAACCGGGAUGGAGAGGUGGACUUUCAGGAGUUUGUUGUGCUGGUGGCUGCUCUCACAGUGGCGUGUAAUGAGUUCUUUGAAGAGAGCAUGAAGCAUUAAUUGUCUUCCAUGUCUCUCUUCAGUUGCGUGAGAACAUUUUGUAAAUGUCAUUUAUCAGAAAUAAAGACUCAAGUGACAU